CUGCGUAAUGAUCACGAAAUUUACCUCUCUAACGACUUCCUACCCAAUAAUCGGGAUCACCAACGAGUCCGUACGCCGCUCCCUGGCCCCGAGCCUCACAUACCUCCUCCGUAUUCCCAGACAGCCGAGCCAAGUCAGCCUUCGCCAGAUGCCCAAUUCGCCAACGCCCUACAGCUAGUCCGCGAGGUAGUCGGGACAGAGCGAAGACUUACUCUCGAGUUUGCCCAAUCCUACGAGCGAGUUCGCCAAUGGCGUGAGAGAUGGGGCUACUCUCCGCUUAGAUCCGAUGAGUACCGAUCCCCUCCGCCCUAUUCACUGCUACGUUGCUCUCCGGCUCCAGUCAUAUCGAUCUCCUCGAGUCCAGCCUCGUUUUCGCCUGACUCCGACGCGAUUCCAAACCCUCCGAUCACAGACGAACCAGAGCCGACGUUAGACGCUCUAUUUAAGCGAGUGAAUACAUUUGCUAAAGCUAAUGGCUUUGGGAUUGCGCGAUGUAGUACCUACUCUUAUAAGGGCCGGAAGAUUAGAUGUUCAAUUCGAUGCGACCGGUUCGGAGAUCCGGAGCCUACCAAAGGUACCGGGGCGAAGCAGCGCAAGUCUCGCAAGUGUGGAUGCCAGUGGAUGCUGAUGGCCGAAGCAAUCGAGGAGGGGAAGUGGCUCCUUCGGCAUUACCCAAACCACCAGCAUAGCUAG